GUGAUCGAGGGCACGUACACGUGACUGUCGAAUCCUUUGAUCCAUCACCGCGACCAUGUCAGGAAAUCUUAAGCGCAAAGAGUCCACGACUGGAGAACAAACUGGACGGGAAAAGAAGAAGCAGAAGCUCCAAGAGGCUCGCACGAUUGGUAUUCAAAGCUCAGGGCCUGGAUUGACUGUCGGAAGUGGUCAGAGGUUACGGGGUGCUAUCGAUGUCGAGAGAUUCAGCGAAACUCGGCGUUUUGAAAUCAAUGCCAUGCAUGCAGCCAUGAAAUCAGCCAGGGCUGCUGUUCAUGGAUCCAUCCUCCACGACGCCUCCUACCAGUCGAUUGUCCAGCUCCAAGGCCCUGAAAACAUCCUUCGCGACAUUUUGGACGGUGUUUCUGACUUGCAGGGGGCAGGACCAGGCGCGAAACGAUAUCUUCCCGGCGCACGGUCAAUCGACACGCAUCUGUACGAACCCGGCCGCUACCCGUUCGGUCUCAUCGGACCCAUCUCGCUUCUGUGGAGGCCUGUUGGCAGUGACAGCGAUAGCAUGAACCGGAUGGUCUGGGUGCGGGCUCACCCGUCCAUCUCAGACCGGGUGUUCGAAGCUCUGCGUACUUCCGCGUCCCUUGUUUUGGAGCAAAAGCGGAAGUUGGCAGAACCGGGAACCCAGCUUGAUCAACUAGGUGUUGAGUUGGAAGAUCUAAAGGGUCAACUGAAUGCAUUCGAGAUUAUGGGUCCUAAAGCAAACCAGAUAUUGAAGGGCGCUUUGACACCGAUAUCCCAAGAUUCGAGAGACGAGUUCAAGAAGGCUUGUUGA